CGUUCGGCGAAAAAUUUCGCCGCUGCCGUCGCCGCUAUGGCGACGGUUAAGGGGGUGGCGACGCCGCCUCUGUGGCCAGUAGAGGCCCGGCUGGCGGCGCUGCUUCCAGACCUGCUGGUCUUCAGAAAGCCCCGGGGAUCGGAACACGAGCUUGCCACGGCCCAGGGCGUCCUCCUUGGCGUCCACGUGACGGGGUUUACAGCAUUAAUGGACAGGUUCAGCCUGAGCUGCAAGUCGGAACGUGACAUGGACACAUUGGCCCACAUCUUCAGUUAUUACAUUAGUGACAUCGUGGAGCAUGUGCUCUGUUUUGGAGGGGAUAUCCUAAAUAUCACAGGGAAUGUGCUCCUGGCACUCUGGACAGUGGAACAGGAUCAACUGAGUGACAUCAUUACCCUGGUGGCAAAAUGCAGUCUGGAGAUACAGGAGAAAUUUGGGAUCUACCAUACCAGAGAAGGCCAGGACCUGCAGCUAAAGAUAGGUCUGUCUGCAGGUCGGAUUUCCCAGGUUAUUGUUGGAGACGAGCAGCGACAGUACCUCUUGGUGAUUGGGCGUGAUGUAGAUGGUGUCCAGUUAGCUCAGCGGUUGGCUCAGGCAAAUGAGAUUGUCUUGUCCUGGAACUGCUGGAAGCUCUGUGAGCAGUACAUGUUUGAAGUGGAAAUCAUGAGGGAGGAUGAAGCUGUGAAGUUAAGAGAUAUGCGGAUCAUUGACCCAUUUGAUUUUGAUGAGCAUUUUUACAAGUGCCUCGAUUACCUGCCACAUUACCGGACAAGUGCUGGUAAGUUAUUUUGUCCUUUAUUAUACCCAUGCCCAAAAUUUCAAAGAUUAAUUUUCCACGUGGCUGGAGACAUUUUGUUUGCUUUCCUUCUCUCAGACAUUCUAAGAGCUGCCCUGGAGUUGGAUCCAGACUCUGCACUUGAGCAAACCCUGCGGAAGCACAUAAUGAAAAACCUUUUGAAGAAGAUUGAUGAAGGCCAACCUAUGGAGUAUAUAUCCGAAUUCCGUACUGUGACUAUGGUUUUGGUCAGCCUAGAAUUCCACAAGACAGCAUGGAUGUUGCAUUUGUGUCAUCUUAUCCAGGAGGCUGCCUUAUACAUCUCCACAGUGAUAGAGAAAGGGGGUGGCCAGCUGAGCCGGAUCUUUAUGUCUGAGACAAGCUGCAUGUUCCUCUGUGUUUUCGGCCUUCCUGGGGAUAAGAAGCCAGAUGAGUGUGCACAUGCCGUGGAGAGCUCCUUCAGCAUAUUCAGCUUCUGCUGGGAGAAUCUUGCUGAGACCAAGCUUGUUUCCAUCAGUAUCACCAGUGGACCAGUAUUCUGUGGCAUGGUUGGGGCAGUAGCAAGACACGAAUAUGCAGUUAUUGGCCCAAAAGUAAGCCUUGUGGCAAGAAUGAUAACUGCUUAUCCAGGUUUGGUGUCCUGUGAUGAGGUAACAUAUCUAAGAUCUAUGCUACCUGCUUACAACUUUAAGAAACUCCCAGAGAAAAUGAUGAAAAACAUCUCCAACCCAGGGAAGAUGUAUGAAUACCUUGGCCAUAGAAGAUGUAUAAUGUUUGGGAAGAGACAUCUGGCCAGAGAGAGAAAUAAAAAUCACUCUUUGCUAGACCGGGAGAAAGAACUGGAAGCCUUCCGAAUGGCACAGCAGGGAAGUUUGCAACAAAAGAAGGGCCAGGCAGUUCUGUAUGAAGGUGGAAAAGGCUGUGGAAAAAGUCAGCUGUUGGCUGAAAUAAACUUCCUGGCCCAGAAAGAAGGGCACAGGGUGUUGCCAUUGAAGCUGAAGGAAGCAGAUUCCAAGCAGUGCUUCUAUGCCAUCCAGACCCUCAUGGCCAUCGUCUUUGAGAUUGAUAUGUGCCCAGCCUAUUACCGGCAAGAGCGCCUCCACAAACAGCUCCAUGGGAUGGUGGAGGAAUCGCUUCACUGCCUGUUUAAUGACCUCUUCUUUGUGAAGUUUCCCUUAUCCUUCGAAGUUUCGCACAUGGAUGACCUGACCAGACAAAAGAAGGUUAAAGCAUGUUUUUUUCAAGUGCUGCAGAAGGCAAUGAGGGAAACACCACUGAUUUUCCUCAUUGAUGAGGCCCAGUAUAUGGAUGCAGACUCCUGGGAGUUUUUGGGAACUUUGCUCUCCAGUGUGCCCAUCAUCAUGGUGAUGACAUUGACCCCUACCUUCACCCUUUGUGGCUGGGCCCAGCACUUCCUGCAGAGCCCUCAGGCUAUCUUUGUGCCCAUUUCGAAGUUGGCAGCGACCUCACUGUUGAGAAUGGCAUGUUGGGAACUGGGGGUGGUGAGCAUCCCCCAAGAGCUGCAGAUCUACCUUCUCCGCAGGUGCUUUGGAAACCCCCUUUACUGUGAGAUCUUAUGCCAGGACCUUCUCUCUAAGAACAUAUUGCUCUUUCAUGACCUCCAAAAGGAGGAGGGGGAGAACAGCAAGUGGGAGACCCUGUCAGCCAAUGCCAUGAAAUCCACAAUGUAUAGUAUUUCUCCUGCCAGCUCUGAAGACCAGGAACUUUAUGUCUGCACAGUCAAGGAUGAUGUGAACUUGGAUACAGUGCUUCUUCCACCGUUAUUAAAAGAAAUAGCAGUGAACCAACUGGAUCAACUGAGCCCAGAGGAACAGUUGCUGGUUAAGUGUGCUGCAGUCAUUGGUCACUCCUUCCACAUAGAUCUGCUGCAGCACCUCCUGCCUGGCUGGGGUAAAAAUAAGCUACUUCAGGUACUGAGGGCUCUUGUGGAUAUACAUGUGCUCCGCUGGUGCAACAAGAGCCAAGAGCUUCCUACUGAGCCAAUAUUAAUGCCUUCCUCUAUCGAGAUUAUUGAACAAACCAAAGAGGAGAGAAAGUCAGAUGCUGGCUCUCCUCUCAGGCUACAAGAGAAACUAUCCCUACCUCAAACCGAGGUGCUAGAAUUUGGAGUGCCUCUAUUGCAGGAAGCGGCUUGGGAGCUGUGGCCCAAGGCACAACAGACAGCCCUACACCUUGAAUGUGCCUGGUUUCUUCGAGAUUUGGCCUGCCGCUGUGGGAGCUGUCAUGGGGGGGACUUUGUCCCCUUCCACCGUUUUGCCAUCUGUUCUACUAAGAGCUCCAGUGGGACCUCCCGAUUCUGUAGCUACAAAGAUACUGGCUCGAUACUAACACAAGUGAUCCCAGACAAAUUGCAGCUGCCUUCUCCCCAGGACAGUUUUCAGUUCCAGACAAAAUCACCCAGAAGUCAGGAGGCCUUCACAAGGGAACACUGCAGAACAGAGGAAGAGUUCCUGGAUCAAGUGAACAGGAAACUGGCUCAGACCAGCCCUGAGAAAGACAUGUUAACCAUGAAGCCCUGCCACUGUAAGGAAGUCCUGAAGUUAGUGCUGUCACCUCUCACCCAGCACUGCCUGGUCAUUGGAGAAACCACUUGUGCGUUUUAUUACCUGCUGGAGGCUGCCGCUGCCUCCUUGGACCUGUCAGAUAAUUACAUGGCCUUCCUUUAUCUGAGGAAGGCAAGCAGCCUUCUGGGCCAGCCCUCAGCAUUCUCGUUUUAUAAACAGCGCAAGGUGAAGAUCUGUCAGUUUGAGGAGGCCACUUUCUGCUGUCUUCGGUCAGAGGUCUGUUUCAACAUGGGACAGAUCACCUUGGCCAAAAAAUUGGCUAGGCAAGCCCUUCGUCUGCUGAAAAGGAAUUUCCCUUGGACCUGGUUUGGUGUCAUUUUCCAAACAUUCCUAGAGAAAUGCUGGCGUUCCUGUUCCCUGAGCCAGCCCCCAGACAAUCCUAGUGAGAAUAAGAAGAAGCUGGCAAUCCUGCAGCAGCAGGUGCAAUGCCUCUCCCUGCUCUGGCAGCUCUACAACCUGGAGGCCACGGCCAGCAGCCGCAGGUUUGCCUGCCUGGCCACUCUUAUGCAGGAGAAUUCAGCCAAGGAGUCUGCCAGUGAAGCCCAGGUUGUCUCUACCUACGUGGCCCUCUCCCAGUUCUCCCAGAACAUGGGUGACAAGGAGAAGUGGCUGCAUUGUGAGCAGAUGGCCAUUCAGAACAACAGCCUGUGUUGGUUCUCCAGGGAGGGAUUGUUGGCCACAGCCCAGCUCAUGCAGGCCUUGGCCUACACCAAGCUCUGCCUCGGCCAUCUUGACUUCUCCAUCAGGCUGGGUUUUCAAGCUCGUGAGAUAUGCAGACACCUCAAGAAACCAGCUCUGGAGAAUCUGGUUCUCUCAGUUCUCUUCAGAUCUGCAUUUCUGAAGAAAAAAUUUGAUCUGUGUGUCCAUGUGCUGGAGAGUCAGUGGGUGCUCAUUUCCCAGGGUCAUGAUGUCCUUGGCCUGGCCUGCUUCUAUUCUGCUUGCUUAGAUCUGCUGCUCUAUGGAAAAGGAUGGCUGUGUCGGCCCUUUGGGGAAUGUCUGCAUUUCAUUCAACAUUACGAGCACAGCUGCAUUCUAAAUUCUCAGAGCAAUGUCAUGCUGGGGGUCCACUCCUCUCUGGCCAUGUGGUUUGCCCAGGACUCACAGUGGAAGCUAUUUGAGCACCACUUCUCCAAGGCUCACCAGUUGGUGAAAAGAACCAAUGCCUCACUGUUUGGUUCACAUGGCUUUGUCCGAUUCCUAGAGUGCCAUGUGCUAAUGUUACAGAAGAUGCCAGAGGGUGUCUUCGCACAUACUGCCUCAGAGACUCCCCGCCAAACCCUCAAGUACUUUAAGGAGUUCUUCUCUCGAUGUGUGACCUGCCCUGUCUAUCACCAGUGGGUCUCUGAGCUUAAAGCCUCUGUAAUGAGAUGUGGAAAGAGAGAGUCCAUGUCCUUGACUAACGUCAUCAGACCUUUUGACACCUGCUUGACCAGGAUUUGGAUAGAGGGAGAAUUCCUGGAGGAAAAUAACUCCUUUGAAGGAAAUUUGCAGAGAUUUGUCAGAGUGGCUGAUGUCAAGGAGAAUAAAGAUGAAGAAGAAAUUCAAGAAUGUAUAUGUUAAAACAAACAAACAAAAAUCAUCUGAAGGGACCAUGAUUCUUUCAUUACAUGUAAUACAAAGAUAUGCCCCCAAGUCUCCUUUUUAAGAUACUGUAUAGUAUACAUAUUAAAUAUGCUAGCCUUUAUCUAUAUCUUUGUCAAAAUAAAAGCCUGUGUUUCUAAAGCAUGAAACUUAGAUCUUUCUUAACUCUUAACAGUCGGUAAUGCAACUAUGGCAGAAAUUAGAAUCAGAGCUAGACCGGAGGCCAGGGAGGCUUUGAGAUGAACUGAUUCCAUCUUAUAUAAUAAGGUAAGAUCCAUUAACAUAAUCUUUUCAAGUUUCUUCCAUGUUGUAGAAUUCCUUUUUGUGGCUGAAUAACAUUCCUUUUUAUGUAUAUGCCACAGUUUAUCCAUUUAUGAGCUAAUGGAUAUUUGGGUUGUUUCCACUUUUUGGUUAUUAUGAAUAAUGCUAUGAUAAACAUUUGUGUACAAGUUUUUGUAUGAACAUAUGUUUUCAGUUCUCUUCAGUAUAUACCUAGGAAUGGUAUACCCAUUUCUGUAUGACAAUGGGUCAUACAGAAACUCUCUGUUUAGCUCUUUAAGGAACUGUCAAAUUGUUCUCCAAAGUUGCUGUACCAUUUACAUUCCCACCAGCAAUGUGUAAGCAUUCCAGUUUUUCACAAACAAUUGUUAUUAUUUGUUUUUUUGAUUAUAGCCAUUCUAGUGAUUGUGAAGUGGUAUCUCAUUGUGGUGUUGAUUAGCAUUUCCUUAAUGACUAAUGAUGUUGAUCAUUUUUUUAUGAGCUUAUUGGCCACUUGUAUAUCUUCUUGGAGAAAUGUCUAUUCAAAUCCUCUGUCCAUUUGUUGUUGGAAUAUUUGCAUUUUUGUUGAGCUUGAAGAGUUUCUUAUAUAUUCUGGAUACUAGACCCUUAUCAGAUUUGAUUUACAAAUAUUUUCUCUCAUUCUAUAAAUUGUCUUUUCACAUUCAUGAUGGUACUGUUUUGCAGCACAAAAGUGUUUUGUUUUGAUGAAGUCCAGUUUAUCUGUUUUGUUUUUGUUUUUUGGUUGCUUGUGCUUUGGUAUCAUAUCUUAGAAACCAUUGCCAAUCUUAGGCCACAAAGAUGUUUUUUCUCUGUUCUCUUCUAAGCAUUUUAUAGUUUUAGCUUUUAUUUAGGUCUUUGAUUAUUUUGAGUUAAUUUUUGCAUAUAUUGAAUGGUAAGUUUCCAAAGUCAUUCUUUUGCAUGUGGAUAUACACUUUCUCAGCACCACUUAUUGAAAAGACUAUUCUUUCCCCCAUUUAAAUGACUGAACACUCCUGUUGAUUUAUGGUUUUAUGAGAUGUAUGGGUUUAUUUCUGAACUCUCAGUUUUAUUCCGUUGGCCUGUAUGUCUAUCCUUAUGCCAAUACACACAGUCCUGAUUAUUGCAGCUUUGUAAGUUUUAAAAUGAGGAGGUGUGAGUCUUCCAACUUUAUUAUUCAUUUUCAAGAUCGUUUUGGCUAUUCUGGGUCCCUUGCAUUUCCAUAUGACUUUUAGAUCAGCUUGUCAGUUUCCACAGUUUCCACAAAAAGGAGAGCUGUAAUUUUGAUAGAGAUUAUGUUGAAUCUAUAAAUCAAUUUGCAGAGAAUUGCUGUCUUAGCAAUAUUAAGUUUUCUGAUCCAUGAAAGUGGCAUAUCUUUUCCAUAUAUGUAGGUCUUUUUUAAUUUCUUUCAGUGAUGUUUGUAGUUUUUAAUGCACAAGUCCUACACCUCUUUUGUUAAGUUUAUACCUAAAUAAUUUUAUUAUUCUUGGUACUAUUAUAAAUGGAAUUGUUUUCUUAAUUUCAUUUUGGGUUGUUCAUUGCUGGGGUAUAGAAAUAAAACUGAUUUUUGCAUAUUGGUUUUGUAUCCUGAAACUUUGCUGAAUUCAUUUGUUAGCUCUAAGUUUUUUUGGUUUGGGUGCACUCCUUAGUAUUUUCUAUAUACAAGAUCACGUUAUCUGCGAAUAGAGAUAAUUUUACUUCUUCCUUUCCAAUCUGGAUGCCUUUUAUUUCUUUUUCUUGCCUAAUUGCACUUGCUAGAUCCUACAGUACAAUGUUGAAUAAAAGUGACAAGAGUGGACAUGCUUUUCUUGUUCUCAACUGUAGGGGAAAAGUUUUUAGUUUUUUACCUUUAAGUAUGAUGUUAGCUGUGAAUUUUUUAUAGAUGCUCUUUAUCAGGUUGACGAAAUCCCGUACUAUUCCUAGUUUGUUGAGUGUUUUAUCAUGAUAGAGUGUUGGGUUUUGUCAAAUGCUUUUUCUGUCACCUGUUGAAGUGAUCAUGUGGUUUGGGGGGGGGGUUUCUGUUAAUAUGGUGUAUCAUAUUGAUUUUCAAAUGUAGAACCAACCUUGCAUUCCUAGAAUAAAUCACGUUUUGUCAUGGUGUAUAAUCCUUUCUGUUUGUUCCUAGGUUCUAUUUGCUAGUGUUUUGUUGAAGAUUUUUGCAUCUACAUUCAUAAGGAAUGUUGAUCUGCAGUUUUCUUGUGAUCUCUUUGUCUGGUUUUUGUAUCAAAGUAAAACUGGCCUCAUAGAAUGAGUUGGGAAGUAUUCCUUCCUCUUCUGUUUUUUGGAAGAGUUUGUGAAGGAUUGGUUUUAAAAUUCUUUCAGCAUUUGGUAGAACUCACUAGUGAAGCCAUCUGGGCAUGGGCUUCUCUUUUGGGAAGUUUUUUGAUUACUAAUUAAACCUCUUUACUUGGCAUUCGUCUAUUCAGAUUUUCUAUUUCUUCCUAAGUCAGUGUCAGUAGUUUGUGUCUUUCUAGGAAUUUGUCCAUUUCAUCUGAGUUAUCUAAUUUGUUGGUAUACAGUUGUUCAUAAUAUUUCUUAUAAUCCUUUUUAUUUCAUAAGGUCAGUAGUUCUCCUUCCACUUUCAUUAUUCCUGAUUUAGUAAUUUGAGUCGUCUUCUCUUUGUUUCUUGUCCAGUCUAGCUAAGGUUUGUAAAUUUUGUUGAUCUGGUCAAAGAACAACUCUUGGUUUUGCUGAUUUUUUUCUAUUGUUUUUCUUUUCUCUAUUUCAUUUAUUUCUGCUCUAAUUUUUAUUAUUUCCUUCCUUCUACUUGCUUUGAGUUUAGUUUGCUCUUCUGUUCCCAGUUUCUUCAGGUGGAAAGUUAGGUUAUUAAUUUGAGAUCGAUCUUUCUUCUUUUUUUUUUAAAAUACAGGUAUUUACUACUAUAAAUUUCCCUCUAAGCACUGACUUUGCUGAAUCACCUAAGUUUUGGUAUGUUGUGUAAUUAUAUUCAUUCAUUUCAAAGUAUUUCUAAUUUCUCUUGAGAUUCCUUUUUCCUGUUUGUUAUUUAGGAGUGAGUUGUUUAAUUUCCACAUAUUUGUGAGUUUCCAAAUUUUACUUCUGUUAUUGACUUCUAAUUUCAUACUGUUAUGGUCAGAAAACAUACUUUGUAUGAUUUCAAUCCUUUUAAAUUUAUUUAGACUUGAUUAUGGUCAAAUAUAUGGUCUGUCCUGGAGACUGUUACAUGUAUGCUUGAGAAGAAUGUGUAUUCUGCUGUUGUUGGGUGGAGUGUUCUAUAGGUAUCUGUGAGGUCUAGUUGGUUUAUAGUGUUGUUCAUGUCUACUCUUUCCUUGCUAAUCUUCCACCUACUUGUCCUAUCAUUUUUGAAAGUGGAAUAUUGAAGUCUACAACCGUUACUCUUUGUUUAUUUCUCCUUCAGUUCUAUCAGUUUUUGCUGUAUUUUGAAACUCCGUUGUUAGGUACCCAUAUGUUUAUCAUCAUUAUAUCUUCUUAAUGGGUUGAGUCUUUUAUCAUUAUAGAAUGUCCUUUCUUUAUCACUAGUAACAAUCUUUGUCCUAAAGUCUAUUUUGUCUGAUAUUAGUAUAGCUACUCCAGUGUUUUAUAGCUAGUUUGCAUGAUUUAUGUUUUCCCAUUCUUUUACUUUCAGCCAACUUGUGUUUUUCAAUCCAAAGUUUGUCUCCUAGAGACAGCAUAUAGUUGGAUCAUGUGUUUUUUAAUCAUUCUGCCAAUCUCUGCCUUUUAAUUGGAAUGUUUAAUCUGUUUACAUUCAGUAUAAUUACUGGUAAGGUAAGAUUUAUGUCUUCCAUCUUGUUAUUUGUCUUCUACUUGUCUUAUGUCUUUUUUUCUCCUCUGUUCCUUCACUGUCUUUUGUUAUAUUAAAUGAAUUAAGUUUAAUUCCCUUGUCAUCUCUUUUACUAUAUAAUUUGUGUUAUUUUCUUGUUGUAGGGAUUACAGUUAACAAUAUAGUUCAGAUUAAUACCAACUUAAUUUCAAUAAUAUACAAAAACUGAUUCUAUAUAGCCCCAUUCCCUCCCGCCUUCUUCAUAUUGUUAUUGUCAUAGAAGUUACAUCUUAAUAAAUGGUGUACCUGUCAACACAGGCGUAUAAUUAUUGCUUAAUGAAGUUGUCUUCUAAAUCAAAUAGGGGCAGGGGAAAGCCAUUUUUCUUGAGUAAAUACUCCUUGGAUUGAUGCAAGCCAUUGGUUAAUUUCCAGAGUUCUGAAAAAGUUGAUUCUAUUUUUGCCAGUUUUCUUGUUUCUUUUAUGGAGGAGAGAAUUUUCAGAGUUCUCUAACCACUUUCUUUUAAAAUCACUCUCAAUGUACUUUUAACUUGUAUUUCCCUUAGAUGAAGUUAAACAUCUUUAUUAUGUUUAUAUUUCUUUUUGUGUGGGCUAUAGGUAUGUAUUCUGUGACUGUAUUCUAUUAAGUAUUUGUUUUCUAGUUGAUAUGUAGGGGUUAGGGAAAUGAGCCAUCUGCCUUUGUAUGAGCUGCAAAAUUUUUCUUCAUUUUGUGUUUUGACUUUUGUUUAUGGUGUUUUUGUCAUAAAGGGAAAAGUAUCAGUCUUUUCUUAAUUUAUCCUAAUGUGUCAGUUUUAAUGUAUCUAUGAAUUCUUUUAU